GUUCUCUAACAGAACAAAGCUGGUGUGAUAUUCGUCCUGUCUCCUGGCGGCACCUCUCAGGAAACGUGGUGCUGGACGACAUGAUUCCCAAGGCGGCCUCAAUUACAAUUUGGGAGUGGUAAUGGCUCAGAAACACAACUUCAAUGUAGAGCCGGUGGCUCGUUUCGCGGGCCUCAAUGCGGCAAUUCGAAGGCCACGGGAAAUUGCAUUUUUCUCCUUUGACGAGGAUCACAAAUUUCGGCUUGAUGCCUCGAGCCUGCGUUACUACUACCCACCCGCACUGCCUUGCGAUCUCAGUAAAGGAUUCGAGACAUUUCGACAACUCGACGACUCUGACGAUGACCAUCUGGAUGGCCUCCUAGAAGCGAUCAUCGUGUACGAGAAAGAGAAAGGCUCUAAAACAGAGAUCGACUUCCUGACAUGGCGAGGAAUGAUGACCAAGGUGUGAUGUGCUUGAUAUAACUGCGAAAGACUCGCUCAUGGCCCGGACAGCUGAUGAUAGUUCCCUUCUCCAAGUUGGACGACUGGGAAAUGAAUGUCACCUUAUUCCAAGGCACCAUCUUCAUCGAGGAAAAUCACACCAAAAAGAUUUCUUCCCGCGGAGAACAGUAUUCCUCUGCGGGACGACCAGGUGCCAUGUCUCAAGACCUUAUGAGUUUCUGGGGUUACAAGUUCGAAACUGUGUCUUUGAUGCCGACACCAUGGCCUGAGACCUCCCGAGAGUACAUCGAAUCCCGAGAAGACCAAGUAGUUAGCAAUCAUGCUCAAUAUUGCUCCAUUGUCCGAACUGGCUUCGGCAAAGUCAAAAUGAUCCUCGGUGGGGAAGUGGACGCUGUCAUGGCGUUCAAGCCAGAAGACAGAUCGCAGCCGAUCGAAUGGGUGGAGCUCAAGACGACGGCCACGAUUACCAACGAGAGAGAGCAAAUCAAAUACGAGAGGAAACUCCUCAAGUUUUGGGCUCAAUCAUUCCUACUGGGAGUACCGCGGAUUGUCGUUGGCUAUCGAACUCAGCAAGGGACACUGGAACGUCUUGAAGAGUUGAGUGUGCAGAAUAUUCCGGACAAUGUCAAGUUGAAGGGUAAGGGUUUGUGGGAUGGACAGACCUGUAUCAACUUUGCCGCAAGCUUCCUCGAGUGGCUGAAGACUACCGUCACAUCUGACGGUGUUUGGCGAAUCCGAAAGCGAGAAAAGAUUCCUGUGCUGGAGGUCUUCAAGCUGGAAGAAUCAGGGCAUGGCGACAUCUUGUCGUCGGCUUUUGUCGAGUGGCGCACCAACGGCUUGAGAUCCCAUCAGCAACAUUUGCAGGAACUCGCAGACAAUGCGAAAGUGGAGGCAUCGGAACCUCCAUGAAUGGUUUUCUAGCGGUGAUACUUGUGCCACGGCACGGCUUCGGUACACCAAUCGAGUUGGAUCAAGCAUCAGUCCGGAGAAGUCGGUACCAGUACUUGCUUGCUCUCAGCACUUUCUCCAGGCGUCACGGGCUUGCGGGUACGGUGCCAUGUGACAAGUUUCUUAUGACUGCGACUGGCAAGAUGCCCUCUCCAUUCUUUGCCCGUCAUGAGGGUCUUUUGGCACACUUGGCAAGUCCUGGCUUCGCGGGCAUCAUCGAUAUCAUCCUCCUCGAUCUGUGAGAAUACUCUCGCCGCCAUGAUCGAGAGAGAUUUUGCUUCAGGCAGCUCGUUUCCUUUGAGGAAAGAGUCCACCAGUGCUUGUGCAGGCUCUGUGACUGCGGUGUGCCAGUUGAUCAGAUCAGUGCAGUCAAGAAGGAACAGCAGGUCGAACCUGCCGGCAGCCUUCAGAGCUUUUGCCAGCCGAAUUCGGACGAAUCGAUUCUGACGCUUAGCAUAGCGUCUGGUGCUCGCUUUAACCGCGUCUAUACCCUCAUGCUGCGCCACCGUUACUGUUGUAAGAUCGGGAUUAAACGCUUGACAUGCCUCAAGCCAAGGCUUCAUUUCUUUGUAACCAAUGGAUCCCCAGAUGCCGUUGGCGAGGUCAACUGGCUCUGCCCC